AUUGGUUGGACGUUACGCGUGCACUUGGCGCCUGAUUUCUAACGCGGAACACAACAGCUGUCUAUGGCAGUGGAAACUGUUGCACUGACUGCAAACUGAAUUAGAUUCUCCACUAAGGCGUCUUACGGACUUUUAUCAAGCUUGUCUCGUAUUUAAUCGCGAUUUAAACAUGUUUAUCGCCGACAUAAAGAAGGAUUUUUAUGACGUUGUUGCCAACCAGAGAGUUGCCCUCCUGGUUGCAGCAGACAUCGAUGCUCUCUGCGCCUGUAAAAUACUGCAGGCGCUGUUUCACUGUGAUCAGAUCCAGUACACUCUGGUACCGGUUACGGGCUGGCAGGACCUCAGCACCGCCUUCCUGGAGCACAAGGAACAGUUUCGGUAUUUUGUUCUGGUAAACUGCGGCGCCAACGUCGACCUGCUGGAGAUGCUGCAGCCGGACGGUGACUCCAUCUUCUUCAUCUGCGACACGCACCGACCCGUUGAUGUUGUUAAUGUCUACAACGACACUCAGAUCAAGCUGCUCAUCAAAGAGGACGAUGAUCUCGGUGUGCCGACGUACGACGACAUCUUCCGGGACGAAGACGAGGAGGAGGAGGGCGAAGACUCCGGGAACGAGAGCGAGGAAGGCUCGGAGCCGUCGGGCAAACGGAGGAGAUUUGAUGAAGGCGCCAUCGAGAGGCGGAUCGAAAGGCAGAGAGCAAAGAGGCAGUGGGAGGCCAGAAGGAGGGAGAUCCUGUUCGACUAUGAGCAGUAUGAAUACACGGGAUUGACCUGGUUAAUAUUGGACCCGUCACCCUGCGGGCUGUGGGUUAACUCUGUUAUUUGUUGUUGCAGGUGGGCCGUCAUCGGCCUGACAGACCAGUGGGUUCAUGAUAAAAUCCCCCACAUGAAGUACGUGUCGGACAUCGCGACGGUGCAGCGCCACGUUUCCCGACACAACCACCGAAACGAGGAUGAGGAGAACUCUCUGUCCAUCGACUGCAUGAGGAUCUCCUUUGAAUACGACCUUCGUCUGGCGUUGUACCAUCACUGGUCUCUGUAUGAGAGCAUCUGCAACUCCUACUACACAGCAUGCAGCUUCAAGCUUUGGACCUUAAAAGGACAAAAGAAACUCCAGGAGUUCUUGGCUGACAUGGGGCUACCACUGAGACAAGUUAAACAGAAAUUUAAGUCAAUGGACAUUACGAUCAAAGAGAACCUCAGGGACGUCAUUGAGGAGUCGUCUAAUAAAUACGGAAUGAAGGACAUUCGCAUUCAGACGUUUGCCGUCCACUUCGGGUUUAAGAACAGCUUCCUGGCCAGCGACAUGGUGCACGCCGCCACCGCCCUGCUGGAGAGCACGGAGCGGGACGAGAACGACCCCACCGACAACUUCAUCAAAGCACUCGAUGCCCUCUCACGGAGCAACCUGGACCGUCUCCUGUCAGGCAUCGACCUGGCGAAGAAGAAGCUGAUCGCCAUCCAGCAGACUGUCGCCAGCUGCAUCUGCACCAACAUCAUCCUGUCGCAGGGACCCUUCCUCUACUGCUACCUCAUGGAGGGAACGCCUGAUGUGAAGCUCUUCUCCAAACCGCUGGCGCUAACUCUGCUCUGCAAAUACCUGCUGACGGCGUUCGUCCACUCGACGAGGAACAAACGCUGCAAGCUGCUUCCUCUCAUCAUGGCUGCUCCUAAAGACGUGGAGAAGGGAACCGUUAUCGUUGUGGGAAUCCCUCCAGAGUCAGAGACGUCGGACAAGAAGAAUUUCUUUGGUCGGGCCUUUGAAAAAGCUGCAGAGAGCACCAACUCUAGAACCCUUCAUGAUCACUUUGACACGUCGAUAAUUGAACUGAAGUCGGAGGAUCGGAGUAAGUUCCUGGACGCCCUCAUCACUCUGCUGUCAUAAAAACCCUGACAGCCAGAGAAGCUUUUCAGACCAGGCCGCAUUCCUCCAGGGUUUACUCUGGAGGAAUAAUCUGGUCUAGCCAGACUCUUAAAGUAUCACCAACUUUAAGCGUUGUUUUACUGGUUUUAAUUGGUUUUAUGUGCAUAUUGUACAGGCCUCUUAUCCGUGGGUUGGACUUUAAAGUUUUUUUUUUUUAAAUCUCCUGCUUUUUUUUUAAUCCAAAAUGUUGUGCAUAUUAAAUUACAUUAUAGACAUGUUUAAUAAAUCAUUUAAACUCAUUGAUUGUUCAAAUGUUGUCUGUUCUGUGUGAAAAAUAAAAACAAAUUUUGAGAGAAAAAAAA